AUGAGCGCCACAGUCAAAGGUAUCUCGAAAUCGGACGUCCAAUACGACGGUGCGGCCCUUCGCGUCGCCAUUGUGCACGCACGAUGGAACAAAACUGUUAUCGAUGCUCUGGUUGCUGGUGCGGUCGCAAAGCUCAAGGAGAGCGGUGUCAAGGAGAGCAACAUUGUCGUGCAGUCUGUCCCGGGGAGUUUCGAAUUACCUUUGGCAUGCUCUAGGUACGUACGCGACAGGGCUUACAAUUCUACUCGCGCUCACGUCCAAACCUCAUCCAAUGUCACUGACCUGCUGAGCGGGCUGUCCUUUGGAGCAAUACCGAAUUCAGAAACGCCUGCAACAGCUGCCACAGUCACCAUGCCAAAUGAGCCCUUUGACGCUGUAAUCGCUAUCGGUGUCCUUAUCAAGGGGUCGACUAUGCACUUCGAGUAUAUCUGCGACAGCGUAUCACAUGCCUUAAUGAAGAUCCAACUGGACACGGGUGUUCCAGUCAUCUUUGGAGUUUUGACUGCGCUUACAGAUGACCAGGCGUUAGAGAGAGCAGGACUCGGAAGAGGCGAGGAUAAAGGGCAUAAUCACGGAGAAGACUGGGGUCUUGCGGCUGUAGAGAUGGGUUCUCAUGUUCGUCGUUGGAGAGAAGGCAAAUUUGAUUGAGGACGUUGGAACGCGUUAGACUAAACAGUUAAAGUAUGUAUGUACUUCAAUAUGUAGCACUUGGACCAAUUUAUUUAAAUUGGAGGCUUGCAGGGUAGACG